AUGUUAUCCACAUUGAUGCUUUGGACGUUGACGGAUCCGUCGACUGCUACGCAACAAAUGAGUGAGAGCAGUGAACCGAAAUUCAGAUGGCCGUACUAUUCAAUGAUCAUUAAAAAGUUAAAAAAGGAAAUAGCAGAUCAAAGAGUUCCUCCCGAACUUCGUGCUUUAUUGCAAUUCUUACCCAUACCAAAGAAUACAAUAUCCGUGUUUGCGAUGGAGCCCUACGGAGCGCUCAUGCCUGCAAAUGUUCCAAAAGCUUCAGGGGGAGCUGCACGUCCUGCAAGCCUUCCGGCAUCAGCACCACAAAGUGGUUUGCGUCGUGGUCGAUAUGCUUUGCAAAUAAUCACUGAGGCGAGCGAUCCCUUUCUGUCAGCUCCAGCAGUAGAAGCGACAGGAGAAGCUCCAACGCUGCCUGUAUCAAAUGCGAACACUCCUGGUAAUCAAACUCCUGCAACACCCACAGCGUCCUCUGGUGGGCUGGAGGCGACGACGCCUGGAAACGAAGAACCUAUCUCUUCGCUCGGUUCCGCUGUAGGCACUCCAACCAGAGCUGAUGCUCCGGUUGAUGAAAUCACCUCGGAUCAAAAUCGCAAUAUUCCACCAGCAUCCAAGCCCAUAGCCUCCCCUCGCGCUUCAGCUCGUGGAGGUCGCAAACGAGGUAACAUUAACCGGCAACAUAAUGCCGGUCCCCGACAGAAGCGGUCUGUAUCGCGUAAUGAACCACCUGCGCCGUCUCUUGCUCCUUCGUUCAAUCAGCAGUGGCACGGUACUGGUCCCAAUCCCGGCAAUCCUGCUCUUUCUCAGCCUGAUUCUAUUGCGUAUCCUCAGCACCAAGUGCAACAGGUGUCAUCCAACGCGGUCAAAGACCCUACAAAAACGAAAAUCCAAGAAUGCAUAAAUAAGAAGCGACUUGAAGCCGCUCGAAUCUCUGCCGGUUUUCCUGGACCGACAUCAUCACAGCCUUCCACGAUUGGGCCAAAUAUAACGCAAGGCUCGUACUCGGAUGCCAGUUUUAAUCAGACAACAAGCAACCGAACUGCUCCAGGUGAUUAUCAAACGCAUCAGAAUCAAAACAAUUUCCAACAAGACAGUGGUCAACAUCUUCAACCGAUGCUGCAGCAGUCGUCUCAGUCAAUGGAUACAUCCCAUCAGUCCCAACAACAAAUGCAGCAGCAACAACAACAACAACAACAACAACAGCAUAUGCCAACGUCUCAGCAGCAACCUCACCAUCAGUUACCUCACCAUCAACAACAGCAACAGCCUGUCCAGCAGACUUCGACCGCUGGUCAACAUUCAAUGCAGCCGCAAGUUAUGCAGCAAAUGCAGCAUCACAUACCGCAGCAAGUGCCUCCUGGCUUUCAACAGUCCCAUAUGACAGCGUCUCAGCAAAUGCAGUCGCAGCAGUCGAUGCAACAACUGCCUCAGCAAUCACUUUUGCAACAACAAAUUGGCCAACCGCAUAUGCAGCAGCAAUCGCGUUCAAAUAACAGUCAAGGUAUGAUGACGGGUCAGCAGUUCGUGCAAGGAGGUAGCUCUUCUCAACAUCAGGGUGGUAUUGGCGGUCCAAUGCAAAUGAAUUACCAAGGGCAAGCAGGUACAGGUCCACAGCCGCAGCAACAGCCACGUAAUCCGAUGGGUCAGUUUGCCUCCAGGGACGGAUCAAUGAAUGUGGAGUAUCAGCAAGGUAAUCGUGGAGGUCGUCAACAAUUGCAGAUGGGUUCCCAGGGUAAUGUAAUUCGUAAUGGAAUGCCAAGCAAUCAGAUAAGUGGCCAAACGCAUAUGGGAUCACAGCAUGUUCCCGAUGCUCACCCGAUGAUGGCACAACAAAUGGGAGGAGUUCCUAUGGGUGCGCAUCAGUUGCCACAUCAAAUGGGUCAAGCUUCAAUGUCAGGGCAGCAGUAUUACAUGCAACAAGAUCAGAGGUGA